GAAAUUCCGACUCCCGAGUACAAAUGGAACGCAGCAUUAAACAAAAAUGCAUAUUCAAUUAUUAAUUUAAUAGAAUAGUAUCUACCCAGUUUUUUUUCUCAGUCAUUAAAAUUAAACUUUAUUGUUUUACAAAAAUUAACUUAUGUACAUCAGAAUUAUUUGUUUGCUUUUGACCCGGAUGUACUCAAAGCGAAGCGACAAGGCAAGAGGAGAGAACGAAAAGUAUCAAUGGGGGUAACUUGCGUGUGCCAGGUUCCUGUGGCGGAGGGGAAGAGUGUGCAGCAGACAGUGGACAUCCUGCACAAGAAACUGGAGCAGCUGGGUGCUGUGAAGCAUGGCAGCUUCUGCGUGGACUGUGAGACGUACCAAUCUACAGGGAAUGCAGGCGGUCAGCCCUCCAAACUCUUAUACGUGAUGCACAACUCUGAAGUUCCCCUGAGCUGCAUGGCUCUGUUUGAAGGGGGACCCUGCCUGACAGCAGACACAAACUUUGACGUCCUCAUGGUGAAGCUGAAAAGCCAUUUCCAAAACGCCAAGGGACACAAGGUGGAGUGUCGUGGCUCGAGAUACCGCUACUGUGACUUCUUGAUCAAAGUCGGCACCGUCACAAUGAGCUCCAGUGCCAGGGGGAUAUCGGCAGAGGUUGAAUACUGUCCCUGUGUGGUUCCAGGGGACUGUUGGAACCUCAUGAGGGAGUUCAUCCAGUCUUUUCUUGGCAACAACGUCCCAGAACUUCCGACUGUGUUUGCUGCUAAACCUGAGGGCCUUUUUGCUCCAGCGGACUGUGUUGAUACCAUGACUCAGUACUUGGAGUUGUUCAACAAGCUUCGCAAAUUACAGAUCCCAGGAAGCAAUGUGCGUUGAGUCUGCAACAUUUUUUGUUUUUUAUGACUGUAUUGAUGUAUUUAUUCUGGUGCUAUAGAUCAGUUUGACAUCUUAAAGUUGUUGCAAACCUAUUGUUUAUGUUUCUCUAGCUUCAAAUGUGCAUUAUUUUUACCCAACUUGAAGAAAGCAUUUUGUAAUAAAAUUAAAAAAAUGUCAUAGCAAAAAGUAUCCAGGGUCCAUGUUUUUACCUUUAUACUCCUUUUACACCCAUUCAACUUUCAAACUUUUCUAAAAGGUGUAUAUGUUUUAUGGUACAAAAAUAUAAGAUCUAACAUUUAAACUGUUCAAGCUACAUAAUGUCCUGAUGGGAGGUGAGUGUGUUUAACAGUGUAAUAAAGGCAAUAUUCUUUGUCA